CUUCAAACCUCCGCCCUGCGCUCCGCUGUCCUCUAGGCAAGAUAGAUCUAGGAGCGGCCGGACCUCCCACAUAUUUGAUCGCCCGUUAAGCAGAGCUACUACUAUUGCUUCUAGUAGUUAUCCUUCUUUCCUUUCGCUUAAAAUGGUACCAUUUUACACCGUCGCUCCAGCACAGUAACAAUUACCAUGCCGCGCGAGCGCGCCGUGAACGACGAGGAGACGGAGCCUCUCACUCGCGACGAGACCUCAGCGCGCACUUCUGAAGACAGUUCAGGCAGCUCCGUUUCCUCGGUAUCGACCACGUCGUUAGUCCUCGAACACAUCCAUGACAGAGAAACCAACGGCGCAUCGCGUGCGAAGCUCAGCGAGAAGUACAGAGAUGACGAUAGCGGGGCAGCUGAACGCGCGCGGGAACGAUUCGAUAUAGAAGAUGGGCGCAUUCAUACUCUCCAGCCAGUAGACAAGAGGACGCGCCGACUAUUGUGGAUCAUUGGCACGAUAUGCGUCGUGGGAUGGGGGCUUGCGCUGGUGUCUUUCCUCUCAAACGGGAGCUACAAGCAUGCGUCGACUCGUCCGCACGACCCGUUCGCAACGUCAACCAAAGGAUCGGGAAAGAAGGUCACCCUUGAAAGUGUUCUCAAUGGCCAAUGGUAUGCCUCAAAACAGAGUGUAUCGUGGAUUGCGGGCCCGACCGGCCAGGAUGGGCUCCUACUCGAGAAGGGAGUGGCGGACAACGAAUACCUAGUGGUGGAAGACAUCAGGAACAAGGGCAAUGCGCAGACGACUGGGAGCAAGACUGUUCUGAUGAAGAAACGGAGCUUCUCCGUCGGUGACAACUUCAUCUAUCCGAGCAACGUCUGGCCCAGCAAAGACUUUAAGAAAGUGCUUGUCAUUUCGGAAGAGCAGAAGAAUUGGAGGCAUUCGUUCACAGGCAAAUACUGGAUCUUUGACGUCGAUACCCAAACCGCCCAGGCUCUGGACCCGGAGAAUCCAGAAGGCAUUGUGCAGCUAGCUUCUUGGUCCCCGCAGUCUGAUGCUGUCGUCUUCACGCGGGACAACAACAUGUUUCUUCGCAAAUUAGACUCCGAUCGCGUCAUUCAGAUCACCGAGGAUGGAGGCACUGAACUGUUCUAUGGCGUCCCGGACUGGGUCUAUGAAGAAGAAGUCUUCCAGGGGAACAGUGCCACCUGGUGGUCGGAAGACGGCAAGUACAUUGCGUUCCUUCGAACAGAUGAGUCGACCGUGCCGACGUUCCCAGUCCAAUACUUCAUGUCCCGACCAGACGGAUCGACGCCAAAGCCUGGACAAGAGGCGUAUCCUGUCGUGCGCAACAUCAAAUACCCCAAGGCUGGCGCACCUAAUCCCAUUGUUUCACUCCAAUUCUACGACAUCACGAAGCAGGAGGUGUUCAGCGUCAAGAUCGAAGAUGACUUUGCGGAUGACAAUCGCCUCAUUACUGAGAUUGUCUGGGCCGGGCGAAGCCAGAAAGUCCUCGUCCGCGAGACCAACCGCGAGAGCGAUGUUCUUAAGAUUGUUCUCAUGGACGUCGAGCGCCGGGCAGGCAAGACUGCGAGGACCGAAGAUGUGCAAGCUCUGGACGGGGGAUGGUUUGAGGUCUCUCAACGGACUACCUUCGUGCCAUCGGACCCUGGUAAUGGCCGAAACCACGAUGGAUACAUCGACACUGUCAUCCAUGAAGGAUAUGAUCAUAUUGGAUACUUCAGUCCGUUGGACAGCGCUGAACCAAUUCUACUUACGAAGGGUGAGUGGGAGGUGGUUGAAGCGCCAUCGAGGGUUGACCUGACUAACAACCUGGUCUACUAUAUCUCAACCGAGCGUAGCUCUAUUGAGCGACACUCGUAUGUCGUAAAUCUUGACGGCACAGGCAAGCGGGAAGUCAUGGAAAGCGCCGCACCGGGUUACUAUGACGCUUCUUUCUCCACCGGCGGCAGCUAUGCCCUGAUAACCUAUGACGGCCCCGGUAUCCCUUGGCAGAAGAUCAUCAGCACUCCUUCUAGUAAGGUAAAGUACGAGAAGAUCCUGGAAGAGAACAAGGCGCUUGAAAAGACCGCCCGCCAGCACGAGCUCCCUAUCCUUAAAUACCAGACUGUCGAGGUUGACGGCUUUAAGCUGAACGUCUUAGAGCGUCGUCCCCCACAUUUCAACGAGAAGCACAAAUACCCUGUUCUUUUCUAUCAGUACAGUGGGCCGGGCUCGCAGACCGUGGACAAGAAGUUUAAGGUCGACUUUCAAUCUUACGUUGCUUCCAGCCUUGGGUAUAUCGUGGUUACAGUCGACGGGCGCGGUACGGGCUACCUCGGUCGGAAGCUGCGCUGCAUAACCCGGGCCAAUAUUGGGUCCUACGAAGCUCAUGACCAGAUUGCCGUGGCCAAGAUGUGGGCCAAGAAGAAGCACGUCGACGAAGAGAGAAUGGCAAUCUGGGGAUGGAGCUAUGGAGGCUUCAUGACGCUCAAGACGCUCGAGACCGACGCUGGCCAGACAUUUAAAUACGGCAUGGCCGUUGCCCCCGUCACCGAUUGGAGAUUCUACGACUCCAUCUACACCGAGCGCUACAUGCACACGCCCCAAAACAACCCCACCGGCUACGAUAACUCCAGCAUCCACGACGUCGAAUCGCUCUCCCGCAACGUGCGCUUCCUCGUCAUGCACGGCGUCGCAGACGACAACGUGCACAUGCAGAAUACCCUUACGCUACUAGAUAAGCUGGAUCUUUCGGGCAAGGAGAAUUACGACAUGCAUAUGUUUCCGGAUAGCGAUCAUAGCAUAUAUUUCCAUAAUGCUAAUAAGAUCGUUUACGAUAAGUUGAGCUCGUGGCUCAUCAACGCGUUUAACGGCGAGUGGCUGAGGGUUGAGAAUGCGGUGCCUAAGGCGCAGGUUGACGGGAGAUCUGGGUCGAGGUAACGUUCGCUUUCGCACACAUCGUCUCACGGGGAAUCUGGUAACAGGCGCAACAAGGAGCGAGGGCAUUUGGGCUACGAUCCUGUAUCAUCAUUAUCGUGUAUAUUCUGUAUAUCAUAAAGUCUAGCCUUAUUCUGUUUGGCAUCGCC